AAUCACCCAAGAUUGUACAUGGAAUACUUCAAAAUGUUAUAAUUAGUUUGUGGAAAGCUUUAAUUUUGAAUAAUUUUUGUGCCAAUGUGCCAAAUAUUGAGAGAUUAAGAACACAAGAUGCCAGGUACUGUGAAUUAUCCAAUAUAUGGUGUUGCUGGUGUUGAACCACCACCUCACAGGAAUCGUGCUUAUACUUGGAAUAAUCAGGAUCGUGCUACAUCCGACAUAUUACAAACUAACACAAGACUUGGACGGCUUUCAUUGACAGAGCCUGCAAGAGAUGAGGCUACCAGCAAGCUGAGAAUAAAAGUGAUCGCUGGGCACCAGUUAGCAAAGAAAGACAUCUUUGGUGCAAGCGAUCCUUAUGUGCGUGUUGACUUAAAUACUAUAAAUGGUGACCAGACAAUAGAUUUUGCACUUACAAAAACUAAAAAAAAGACUUUGAAUCCUGUCUGGGAAGAAGAAUUUAUAUUUAGGGUUAAACCUGAGGAUCAUAAAUUGGUGCUACAAGUUUUUGAUGAGAAUAGAUUGACAAGGGAUGAUUUUCUUGGGAAGGUAGAAUUAACAUUAGAUCAUUUACCUAAUGAGCAGGAACGUCGUCAUAAUGCUUUCAGGCGUUACUUACUUCGACCACGUAGUAAUCAUUCCAGUCAGCGUUCGAGGGUAAAGGGUACUUUGGACCUAUACCAUGCAUAUAUUUCGGACUCACCAACUGUAGACAAUGACAAUGAAGAUGCUGCAUCUGACUCGGGAGGAUGGGAAAUGGUGCAACCAGCAAAUAGUCCAGUGGAACAGCCUGCAGAUGUUGUGCUUAACAGAAGUUUACCACCAGGAUGGGAAGAAAGACAAGAUGCAAAUGGCCGGACAUAUUAUGUUAAUCAUAUAGCAAGAUUUACACAAUGGGAAUGUCCAACAGAAUCUAUUACUAUACCUGGUCGAACUACGAGAGUCGAUCGACAUUUGAAUAUUGCAGCAACUGAAUUUCAACGACGUUUUCACAUUAGCGCAGAUGACGAAAAUAGGCACAGAAGUUCAAUUACUCAGGAUGGUGAAGUUCUCCGCGAGGAAGGUGAAGAUUCGGAAGCGAGAGAUUAUGAGAUUGAGAAUCAUAGGGGAGGGGGUAUUGGGGAUACUUCUUCAGACUCUGGACGUUCUGUUGAUCAACGUGGCUACAUUAGUGAAUAUGAAGACCAGAGUGAUGAUAAUGUAGAUAGUCCAGCUGGAUCGAGACGAUCAUCUGAACAAAUCGAAAGUCCGAAACCUACUCUUCCCGCAUCAAGUAAUGAAAACAUGCCUCCUGGAUGGGGUAUGCAAGUAGCUCCGAAUGGUAGAGUAUUUUUUAUUGAUCACGCAUCAAGGACAACGACUUGGAUUGACCCCCGAACAGGGCGUCCAAGUUCGAUACCUAAUCACAUCGCUCCUUCUACUACACCAAGGAGUGAUAUGGACCAACUUGGUCCUCUUCCUGAAGGUUGGGAGGAAAGAGUUCAUACAGACGGUCGGAUAUUUUUCAUUGAUCACAAUACAAGAACAACUCAAUGGGAAGAUCCACGCAUGUCUAAUCCUCAAAUAGCUGGACCGGCUGUACCAUAUUCGCGAGAUUAUAAGCGUAAAUACGAAUAUCUUAAGUCGCAAUUAAGAAAGCCUAACAAUGUUCCUAAUAAAUUUGAAAUAAAAGUUGGUAGGAAUAACAUUUUAGAAGAUUCGUAUCGUAUAAUUAGUUCUGUCAACAGAGUAGAAAUAUUAAAAACAAAAUUAUGGGUUGAAUUUGAAGGAGAAGUUGGAUUAGAUUACGGAGGUCUUGCCCGAGAAUGGUUUUUCCUUUUGUCUAAAGAAAUGUUUAAUCCUUAUUAUGGAUUGUUUGAAUAUUCUGCUACAGAUAAUUAUACUCUACAAAUUAAUCCCUUUUCGGGAGUGUGUAACGAAGAACAUUUAAAUUACUUUAAAUUUAUUGGUCGCAUAGCAGGUAUGGCUGUUUAUCACGGGAAAUUGUUAGAUGCAUUUUUCAUUCGUCCAUUUUAUAAAAUGAUGUUGGGUAAAUCUAUCGAUUUGAAAGAUAUGGAAAGUGUCGACUCCGAAUAUUAUAAUUCGCUGUUGUGGAUUAAAGAAAACGAUCCUAGCGAAUUGGAACUUACAUUCUGUGUCGACGAAGAAAGUUUUGGUCACACAUCUCAAAGAGAACUUAAACCAGAUGGUGCUAACGUACCAUUAACAGACGAAAACAAAGAUGAAUACAUAGCUUUAGUUAUACAAUGGCGCUUUGUAUCGAGAGUUCAAGAGCAAAUGAAUGCAUUUUUAGAAGGAUUUAACGCUCUUAUCCCACCGACAUUAGUAAAAAUAUUUGACGAACAUGAGUUAGAAUUAUUAAUGUGUGGUAUUCAACAUAUUGACGUAAGAGACUGGAAGCAGAAUACGUUGUACAAAGGAGACUAUCAUGCUAAUCAUAUCGUUGUUCAGUGGUUUUGGCGAGUGGUACUUUCGUUUACCAAUGAAAUGAGAUCUAGGCUUUUACAGUUCGUUACUGGUACAUCACGAGUACCGAUGAAUGGUUUUAAAGAGCUUUACGGUAGCAACGGACCACAGUUAUUUACAAUCGAGAAGUGGGGCACACCGGACAAUUAUCCAAGAGCUCAUACAUGUUUUAAUCGUAUUGACCUCCCUCCUUACGAAAGUUAUCAACAGCUCAGGGAGAAGUUGAUAAAAGCAAUUGAAGGUUCCCAAGGUUUUGCUGGAGUGGAUUAGCACGAAA